AUGACCAUGACCACCAUGCCAGAGAGUCUAAAUAGCCCCGUCUCAGGGAAGGCUGUCUUUAUGGAGUUUGGGCCGCCCAGCCAGCAAAUGUCUCCUUCUCCCAUGUCCCACGGACACUAUUCCAUGCACUGUUUACACUCCGCGGGCCACUCUCAGCCUGACAGCUCGUACAGCACAGCUUCGUCCUUCUCCCGACCGCUGGGCUACCCCUAUGUGAACUCGGUCAGCAGCCACUCGACCAACCCCUACAUCAGUUCAGUGCAGUCCUACCCCAACAGCUCCAGCCUGACUCAGACCCGGUUAGAGGAGACAGGGGCCGAAUCGGAGAAAAGCACUGUGGUAGAAGGAGGGGAAGUUCGCUUUAAUGGGAAAGGGAAAAAAAUCCGCAAACCCAGGACUAUUUAUUCCAGUUUGCAGCUGCAGGCUUUGAACAGGAGGUUCCAGCAAACUCAGUACCUGGCUCUCCCCGAAAGAGCCGAGCUCGCAGCGUCUCUGGGACUCACCCAGACCCAGGUGAAGAUUUGGUUUCAGAACAAGCGCUCCAAAUUCAAGAAGCUGAUGAAGCAAGGAGGGGCCGCCCUGGAGAGCAGCGCCCUGACCAACGGCAGGGCUCUCUCGGGCAGCUCGCCACCGGUGCCCCCGGUGUGGAAUACCACCUCCGCCUCUGGUAAGGCCUCCUCGGGGACCCCGGGCACCUACAUCCCCAGCUACACGUCGUGGUAUCCUUCGGCUCACCAAGAAGCUAUGCAGCAGCCGCAGCUGAUGUGAUUAUAAACCCGUUUUCCCCUACCGCAAGCACUAUCGGUCCCGAAAAGAAUUAAAAUUAUUACGGGAAAAAAAAAAAGUAAAAUAAAAGGAAAGGGGGAAAAAAGAAAAAAAAAAAGAUAGGGGGGAAGAGAGAGAGAGAGGAAAAACCACAAAAGAAACCCAAGCAAACAAACAAACAGGAGGCCUCUUGCCCAUGCAGCCAUUAGGACGCUGCGCUGCCGCUCGGUGCCGCGGAGCACAGAUGUGAUGCGGGCCGGCUCCCGGUGCUGACAGCUGACGGAGCGGCCCCGAGCACCGCACAACAGCCUGGGAGCAGAGCGAGCGCCGGCCGCGGCUUUGUGGGACAAUCAGAAAAAGAUGUCCGUGUGUCCUGUCUGUCUGUCUGUCUGUGUCUGUUGAAAUGUAGGUCAUUUAUUUACUACCCCGACCUGACGGUCUCUUCAAUUGCAAGGGGGAAGGAAGCUGUACAAUUUCCAGAGCUUCUUCCCCUCGACGUUUUCUGUACCUUUCACUAUCCAUCUGUAUAUUUUUGUUGUUGUUAAAAGGGGAAGACGGGGGGUUUAUUUAUUGAUUUUAAAUUACCACUACGAGAGUGCUGGAAACAAACGGACAAUCCGGCUUGCUGAGUGCACUGCUCGGACGCACAGUUUACUUUAAACAAAACCACAUACGGUCCCCCGCCCCCCACCCCCACCGCCGCCCCCCAAUAAAUCACCACAAGAGAAGGAUGCGAUUUUUAACUUUUACAGUAACUUUUAUACUUAUCCGGUGUGGAGAGGUUUGGCCCGAAUGAUUUGCAUUUCUCGCGUAUUUAACAAAGGAAAUAAAUGCACAUUUUUUGGUACUCUGAAGUGGAAUCGCAGCAGCUGCCGCGCGCUUUGCGGAGGUGAAGCAAGGCGCGGAGGACGGAUCCAGAGCCCGAGCGCGGUGGCGGGGGGGAGCCGACGGGCGGGCGGGCGGGCGCGCCCGCGCAGCUCCGCGCACCCCGGCGAGGCUUCCCCGCGGACAGCCGGCCCGAAAUCGAAAUGCACAAACCGACAUGCAGGAGCAACUCGCUGUACAUAUUUUAUUCUUAAUUAUUAUUAUUAUUAUUAUUGUUCUGUAAACAUGUUGCACAAAUUUAGCCUCUUUUAAUUAUUAUUAUUAUUAUUAUUUCCGUUCUGUUUCGUGUGGCUGUAAAACAUGAUGCUUUGUGUACUGAGAUCUUGACAUUUUACUUGUGAAACUCGGAAGAUGUGAUAAACUGAGCUCGGCUGUGUUUAGUGUUCUAUAUGUCAAAGUUUAGUUUUAUAUUGAGAAUGUUAACUUAUUGCUUUGUAUCUGGGGAAGGAAAGGAAAAAAAACCCACACAAAUCUUUGUACAUAAGUUAUAAAGUUUCUUUGAGACAGUAAAAUUAUGG